AAAUUAAAAUUGACGCCCAAAAAGCUGCAUAAUUCUCCCGGCGUUCUACUCCGAUUCUUCUCUUACUUCUAUAGUUCUAUUCCAUUUCUAACCCUAGACGCAUACACCAGAUUUAGAAGGUGAAAUUCUCAGUUUUGUUGUCAUGGUUUACAUUGAAUCGUGGGAUGAUUUCGUGGAAAAGUCCGUCCAAUUGUUCCGAUCCGAUCCCGAAAAGACUCGUUAUGCCAUGAAAUACAGGCAUUGUGAUGGCAAAUUGGUUCUCAAGGUCACCGAUGAUAGAGAGUGUAUCAAAUUUAAGACAGACCAAGCACAGGAUGCAAGGAAGAUGGAGAAGUUCAAUAACAUCUUCUUUACUUUGAUGGCUCGGGGACCUGAUGCCGACAUAUCCGAAGGUGGUGGAAAAGAACAAGCUGAAGCACAGCCAGCCAGGAGAGGAAGAGGAAGGAAGCAGCAAUAGUCUUACGUUUCGUCGUCGUCUGGCCAAACAUUUUGUGAAACAUGGUUUGAUUUUCUUAUAAUUUAGAUGCAAAGAAUUUUGGUUCAUUCCUUGUAUUGAGGUUGAAAUGGCUCUGUUUCCUUCGUUUCACUGGCAAACUCUACCCCAUGCUUCACUCAUCUUAAAAAUAGUUCAAAACCCAUUUUCGCU